AUGCCCAAACAUGUUGACAUCCACGAAGUCAUGGUAAAGAUCAAGACAGCAUCACGGACCGUUCUUUUCCUCGCAGAUGACGGUACAGACAGCGAGAAUUGGCCUGAGCACAAUAUUUCACUGUUACGAAUUACCGCCAAUGGGAGCCAAAAGCAAUGGUACAUCAACCUAUCCGGUGCUGAGCUCGGGCUCACGCAAGCAUUCUUUACCGCUGCCGACUUCGAAUCCAAGCACAUGCAGGCGCUUUGUGCAGUCUUCGAGUUCGGUAAAUGCAGAGAAUACAUCUGGACUUGCUCAACUAUGCCAGGCUGGUUUGCGCACACAGAGCGCAUCGGCUUCCAGGCCUCAUCACGAAUGGAAACAGCACUACUGACCUUCUUGCAGCAGCCUGGAAGUGACUUGAGCAAUCUUCGUAAGAGGAGCAUCGCAGGCUCGACGAGCUGGACACAACCGUUGGUUGAGGCUUUGUCUCAGGCUGUUCAUGGGUACAUCUCCAACUACAACGUCGGUGGACUCAUGUCUCAGAUCAUCCAUGAGCCCGCGAGUCUGACGCAAGAAAUGACGAGGAGGCAUUUUGAUCACGCUAGCAUUCUUGGCGAUGCUAUGACGGACGAGGAGAAAGCAAACCGCCCUAACCUAGCUUUGGAUCUGGCGAGGUUCGAGCAACAACACAAGGGCCCUGCCGUGGAUAUGGUGAAAGAUUGGCCCACUCACAAGAAGGCUUGUAAGGACGCUCAGAACGCUCAUCUGGAGAAGAAGCUCGCGCGUGUAGCCGAGAUCAUUCAGCAAGCCUACUACGACUUCCGCGAGAACACCUGGGACACGUCUAUCAUCAAGAUCGAAGAUCGAGACGACGCCUUGGUAAUAUACGACAGCGACGCACUCAAGAAGAAAAGGUAUUUCAUCAAUUUCCCGCACCACCUGAUGGCCAAUGAUCGCACCAAGAAGGCAGUGCUUUGUGCUUUGGUGUGUAAUGAGCCGAUGGCCUGGAUGCACGAUAUCCUCACUGGUCUUCUUCAAGGUAAUACCUACCCAAAAUUAAUUCUGUACCAUUUCGCUCACCCAAAGUCCACAGGUCUGAACGUCAAGAUCGAAGAAGUCUCCGUGAGCCUGGGCACUAUACCCCGAAAGAUCACCGUUCACUAUGAUCGCGGUGGCGGUGACACCAACUGGCCCAACUACUACCAUGAAGUCAUCCGCAUUACAUCGAGCAAGACCAAGAAAGAAUGGAUUAUCGAUAUCAGCGGCGCGCAGUACGGGAUCUGUCAAGCCUUCUCGGACUGGGACAAAUAUGCAAACAAGUACUUCGCAGAGGUGCAGACGGUGCAGCCUGUUGGCACGAACAAAGCCCGGUUGAAGGAACUUGCAAAGAUUCCCGGCAAUCCAUACCUGAGUUACGGUCUGGUGGGAUUGGUAGCAGACCAUCUCAACGAAGCGGUGCACAAGUGGCGAGUGGAUAGCGGCCUGUCACUAGCGGGCCUUAUCGACCUGGACGACGAGAAGUAUGCGCAAGCCAGCUCGGAGCUACAACAGAUCAUGGAUGUCGCAGUUCGCACCCACGUCCGGACUCAAGAGUACAAAGCGGAGUUCAAGGCUGCCCAGUCCUACGAGCGAAGGUUCCCUGGUCGAAGCACUGCUAUCUGCACGAGCGUCACUCGGUCUUUCUACGCAUGA